AUGCAAGCCUCAGACCGGCGGAGAUUCACCGCGCCCGAUGGUGCAUCAGCUCUCAAGUACCGGCAGGACUCUUCACCCGCCGCCCGAGUGCCAUCCAGCUCGCGACGAGACGGCCGUCUUGCGGCUCAGGUUCGACCCAUCUUCCUGCAACCCGGCUUGGUCACGGAAGCAGCAGGGUCAGCCUACAUCGAGGCAGGACGGACGAAGGUGCUGUGCGCAGUCUAUGGACCGAAACCUACGCCCCCAAGCGCGCCAUUCAACCCCAAAGCCCGCUUGAACGUCGAGAUCAAGUUCGCGCCUUUCGCAUCCGGCGUGCGACGAUUCGUUCCGGGCAAGGACACUGAAGCGACGGGCCUCGCAGCCGUCCUCCAACAAUCGCUCCUCCCCUCUCUCCUGCUCGAAACCCUCCCGAAAUCGCAGAUCGACUUGUUCGUGACGGUGCUAGAGUCGGAUGGGUGGGACAACGACCUGUCCAUAGGAGUCACGGCUGCGUCCGUCGCCCUAGCCGAAGCAGGCAUCCCAAUGCGCGGCCUCGUAACAGCCUGUUCAGCUGCCCUCCUCCCCGCUCCCAACUCCAAAUCCGCCAUCCUCGAUCCGACGCGUGACGAAGCGCGCGACUCGUCUGCGUUCGUCUCGCUCGCUUGUAUGCCGGCGCUUGGGACCGUCACGAAUAUUCGCCUGAGCGGGGCGGUCGAGCCUGAUGCUCUGACAGACACACUGGCGAAGGCACAUGAGGUCUGUACGCUGUUGCAUGGGGUGGCGAAGCAGGCGCUGCUGGAUAGCGCGCGGAGAAGUCGUACCGACGAGUAG